AUGGAGGGCGACUGGAGCCCACUGAGCGUGAUCCGCGAUAUCGUCGACGAAGGGAUGCAAGAAGACCCCUUCUACGUGAUGGACCUGGGCGAGGUCGUGGAGCGAUACCAGAACUGGAAGGAUCUGAUGCCGCGCGUCGAGCCGUUCUACGCUGUCAAGUGUAACGACGAUAAGCUGCUCGUGCGUACCUUGGCUUCGCUCGGCGCAGGUUUCGACUGCGCCUCCAAGGCUGAGAUUCAACUCGUCAUGGAUAUGGGUAUUAAGCCAGAGCGCAUAAUUUUCGCGAACCCAGCGAAGAUGGCAUCGCACAUCCGUUAUGCGACGGCGCGUGGUGUCACCACCAUGACCUUCGACUCGGAGACCGAGCUGCAUAAGAUCAAGCAAUGCUCGCCUGAUGCGCAGUUGGUGAUCCGUAUCCGUUGCGAUGCGGCCGAUGCGCAGUGCCCUCUCGGUAUCAAAUUCGGCUGUGAGCCGCUGACCGAAGCGCCUCGCUUGCUCAAGCUAGCUGCUGUCUUGAAGCUCAAUGUUGUCGGUGUAUCGUUCCACGUGGGUUCCGGAGCGGGCGAAAGCCUCGUGUACGCGCGCGGAAUUAAGAUGGCGCGCGUGUUGUUCGACCUGGGAGAGACGCUCGGCUUGAAGGACAUGCGUCUGCUCGACAUCGGCGGCGGAUUCGCUGGCAACUCUAACUCCGAUCUGCGAGAGGUAUCUCAAGUAAUCAAUGCUGCAAUUGAGACCAACUUUGGCGGUAGAGACGUGCGGGUCAUAGCCGAACCGGGAAGGUACUUCGCGGCAGCUGCUUACACCCUCGCCGCCAUGAUACAUGCUUCCCGAGAGCUCUCGACCGGCACAGACGAGGGUCACACUAUGUACUUCAUCAACGACGGGGUAUACGGUUCCUUUAACUGUGUGCUUUACGAUCAUCAGACUGUUGCGGCUGAGCCACUGGAGCCAAGCUCUACUCGUCCCACCACCUGUUCCAUCUGGGGUCCGAGUUGCGACGGUCUGGACUGCGUGAUCGGAUCCUGCCAGCUUCCACCUCAGCACACCGGCUCUUGGCUUGUGUUUCGGGACAUGGGCGCCUACACCCUGCCCGUCGCUUCGCCCUUCAACGGCUUUCCGGUGCCGCGGGUGCGCGCUCUUGUUGACAAGAGGCUCUGGGCCGUCCUCAAAGACAUGUGGCCAUUAAACGAAGCCACAUUCAUCCUGGAGGGUCGCCCCACCGGGCCCCAGACCCCCGAAGAUUCGUUGACCCCCUCGGAGCGUUCCGCUACACCAUCUCCCACUCCAGACACCCAUCACACCAUAUUCGUUGAAUGCGCUCUCAAGUAA